GAUCCCGGCCGCAAGAAGUAGCCCCAAGAAGUACUUACUUACAUGUACCAUUUAAUGUGUACAAUCAUCUACGGGACAACACUGUACAGUUACAGUUUCGCACCGAGCCUCGAGACAUCAAUCCCGCGCCCAAAAUACACAUCUGCUUCAGUGCAAGUCGUCUGGAAUCAAGCACAGGCAGGACCGUUUUCCCGCACGUAUCACCCAAAGACUCGUCGAGCAACAUGGCGUCCAAGAAAGAUAUGCGCCGGCCGGACUUAAUUGUCCCUUACAUGGAGCCGCCCGCCGCAAAAGCCGGCGAGAACCCCGAGUUCUCCUCGACUCUAUCGUCGACAUUGCCCAUGGCCGCUAUCUUUACGCGAAACAAGUACAUUGGAUGGGCCGCCGUCGUCUUCAGCAUGCAAAGCUGGCUAGGCGAGAGCGAGGCGACGACGCAGAGCACGAGUACGCCAGGCUACUUCAGCGUGGGCAUGUCGAUCAUGUCCCUUCUCGUCACCUACCUACCCAUUUUCAUGCCUCCUGUACCAGGCCAAGUUCAACCUCCUCGGCCCGCCGCGGCAUAGGCGAACGAAUAGACUGUAUAUAA